AUGAACAAGCCAACAAACCAAGAGCAAUCCGAGCCGGAGAUCGUAUGCAUGACCAACUCCAUAAAAAUUUUCCGUUUUUACGGAAUAUUUCCACCGCGAGGAAAACUCGUAAAUCCGGGCAAAACGUUCUACGUUAAAUUCGCAUUAAUCGCCGCCGCCGCUUCUCCAAUACUAAUCGGCAGCGCGCUGCAUUUGAUUAAAAAUAUAAACGAUCACUCGUUUAAUCGCACCGAACUCGACAUCACCUACAUCGUCUCGAUGAGCGCCGGAUACGGAUUAAUCUGCUCCUACUUCACCAAAGUCUCUACAGCGGUUCGGCUCUACGCGGGCCUAUCGAACUUCCAGCGCUUCGAAAAACCCAUCGACUUCGACGAAACCAACGGCAAAUACAACAAAUACGCCGUCCUGCACUAUUGCUACCUGCAAUGCAUCGUCGCGUGCAUCCUAAUCGGCUCGAACGUGUUCAAAGCCGGCGCCUGUCGAGAGGAAAACGAAACAAAAGGCCUGAGCGAAGUUUGCGGGCUGUUCGCUUACACUUGGCUACCUUUCGACGUGGAUUUUUUCCCGGCCAAACAGCUGUACGUUUUUUCGCAACUCUUCGGCGCCGAUUACGUUUACAUGAUUAGCGGAUUAGCCGCUUGGACGGUGAUGGAAAGCGUCGAACAUCUAGCGGUUAGAAUCAGACACGUUUCUCGCCUGUUCGACGGGGCUUUGAAGGAGCCCGAUCCUUGCAUCAGAAGGAACAUGUUUCGCAAAGCUGUGGAGUAUCACAAAUUCGUUUUAAGUUUGGAGAGUCAACUUAAUGAAACGUUUAAUGUAUUUAUGUUCACUCAUAUGGUGAUGACUGCGCCAAUUAUAGGUUACGGAUUUUACGCUUACAUUAAGUCGGGGACUUUAGCAUCGCUUCUGUUGGCAAUCGGAUGGUUAAACGGGCUGUUUAUGGACUGCAGGAGCGGUCAAAGACUACAAGACGAAAGCGAUUUGUUGGCGAUGGGUUUGUAUAGAGCGAACUGGUUGGAUUGCGAGAUUGAUCUGAAACGGGAUAUCGUGUUUGUGCUGAUGAGAUGCAAGAGGAGGAUGGUACUGAGAGCCGCUUCGUUCGGUAUAAUGAAUCAUCCGAUGUUUUUGGCGGUAUUAAAAGCGGCCUAUUCGUACGUUGCUCUGAUGAAACAGAAAGAGAAUCGAAAUACAUCCGUUUAG